AUGCGCGCUGCGACUCCCGGCACGGUGCUGGUGCUGGCGGCGUCUGUCUGCCUGCUGCUAGCCACCAUCUCGACGCCCAUCAUCAAGAACUUCAGCUUCCUGCAAGCCAGCGCCGCUAACUCGAACCGCGUCGUGCGCCUGGGCUGCCUGGGCUACUGCGCCGGCGGCACCUGCUCGCCGGUGACGCUCGGCUAUGACCUGGACGGCGCCUCGACGCUGCUCGGCGUGCCGAACCUCGUGCCGGCCAACUGGUCCAACACGAUCAUCAAGGGCCUGACGUACACGCUGGUGCUGCACCCCGUGGCGCUCGGCGCAGCCGUCGCUGUGCUCAUCAUGGGCCUGAUCAGCCACUGCACAAACGGCCGCGCCUGCUGCACGGGCGUCAUGGCCGGCCUGGCCAGCUCGCUGGCGAUUCUGGCAUUCGGCCUGGACUGCGCGCUCUUCAUCAUCGCAAAGAAGCGCAUCGAGAGCGAGGGCGGCACUGCGACGCUCGGAGCAGCGCUGUGGCUCACGCUCGCAGCGGCCGUGCUGCUCUUCGUCUCGACGUGCGCCUUCUCCUGCGGCUCGUGCUGCGGCGGCGGCGGUGGCCGUCGCGAGAAGAAGCUCAAGGACAGCUACGGCCAGCCUGCGGGCAACGGCGGCUUCGUCGGCGAUCAGUAUGGCGAGCGCAUGCGCAUGGAUGCUAUCGAGGCCGAGCGACGCCGCAAGAACGGCGGCGAGGCCGACCUGCCCAAAUUUGCCGUCUACGAGACGGAGCACGUCGAGCGCCUGCCGGGAAAUGAGGAGCAGACACCGCUGCGCCACGACUACUACGACCACAGCCAGCAGAACUACGCGCCGUACGGCCAGGAGGCGCACCACGACCCGUACGCUGUGCACCCCCAGCAGGGCCAGUACGACAACUCUCCGGUGACGAGCUAUGCCGCUGGCGUGGGGCCCGGACAUCGCCGAGGGCCCAGUCAGCCAUCGUCGGGCAUGGCGGGCUACGGUGCGCAUGCUCCGGGCCGCGCAGCCUCAACCGUGUCGCACGAUGCUGUGUACACGCCGGGCGUCGGCCCGCAGCCCUACCGCGACGGCACGGGCAGCGGCUUCGGCACACCGGCCACCAUGGCUGCUGUCGGCGCUGGCGCUGGCGCAGCUGCCGGCUACGCUGCGUACGACUCGCCGCGGCGGCAGCCGACGGCCGACAGCGGCUACCACCAGCAGCAGUCCUCGGCCUACGGGCACCCGACAGAGGGCACGUUUGGCAUGCCCGUCCCGCAGCGCUCGGGCAGCACGGUCAGCUACGCCAACCAGGGCGGCUCGGCGUACGGCCAUGGCGUACAGGGCGGCAGCGCGUACGGCCAUGGUGCGGACCCGAGCAGCGCGUACGGACACGCCAUGAGCCCCAGCCAGACGAUGGACGCGUACGGCGCCGCAGGCGGCGCGCAGCGGGCUCCGUCUCAGGUUGCGCCUGGCGGCGGCUCGCGCCGACUGCCUACUGUGCCGAUCGGCGACGCAGAGUCACGGCGUCAGCCAACGGCAGACGACGGCUUUGGUCUGGCAGUGCUGCAGGCCGGCGCCGCGGCACGCUCGCGCGACGAGGAGCAGCUGCGCUCGCCAACGUCGCCGCACGAGGAUGCGCACAACGCGGCCGUCAACUCGGCGUUUGCGCGGCAUCUCUCGCAGCACAACCAGCAGACGUCGCAGCACCAGCAGCAGCAGCAGUACGGCCACCACGCGCAGCAGAGCUCUGCCUACCACGACGCCGAGCAGGAUGGCUAUGCGUACGGCGGCGAGGAGCAGGCGUACUAUGCGGAGAGCAGCGGCGGGUACGGCGAGGGCAGCUCAUCAGCAGCGGCGCCGCCGGGGUAUGACUGGCACGACCAGCAGGGACACGGCAGCUCGGGAUAUCCACAGGAGAAGCGCUAG